AACAAUCGGUAGCCAUUAAUACGCCAAACCAGCUGAUCUUAUCUAGGCUAUCUUAUGAUUAAAAGGGCUUUCACCAGUGAACAGCGCUGUCGACAUUAAGAGCGUUUCCCUGAAGAGUAUAGAAUUUUCAGUCAAUACUAAAGUUAAACUAUGAACGGGGAAAUUCACCGUGCACUCGUGACCUUGGUUGUUGCGCUGGUUUUAUUUCACAAUGCUUGCGGAAGGAGUAUCGGGGAGUUGAAAACAAAGAGUUACCUGAGGCCAGUACAUGUUUCGCCGAACUUAAAUCCGACCUUCUAUGGUCAACCUAGUAUUUUUGGCAAUAAUGCGAGAAUACAAAAGAUAUCUCAUCCUAGAAAACUUAAUAAAAGGCAACUUGGUGAGUGGUGGGGACGACGAGAUACAAUUGGCAGUAACAAUGGAUUUGACCAAGAUAAACGACAAGUCGGUGGAUGGUGGGGACGCCGAGAUACAAUUGGCAGUAACAAUGGAUUUGACCAAGAUAAACGACAAGUCGGUGGAUGGUGGGGACGCCGAGAUACAAUUGGCAGUAGCAAUGGAUAUGGCCAGGGUACAGGUCAAGACGGGGAUUGGUGGGGACGCCGAAAUACAAUUGUCAGUAACAAUGGAUUUGACCAAGAUAAACGACAAGUCGGUGGAUGGUGGGGACGACGGGAUACAAUUGGCAGUAGUAAUGGAUAUGGCCAGGGUACCGGUCAAGACGGGGAUUGGUGGGGAAGACGAGAUACAAUUGGCAAAAACAAUGGCUAUGACCCGGUUAGGAGACAAAAAGUCCCAGGAUGGUGGGGACGUCGAGAUACAAUUGAUGAUAUGUCUUAUUAUGGCCAGGAUAAAAAACCAGAUGGGGAUUGGUGGGGACGGGGACUUCGUGAUACAAGUCACAUCGCGAUAUAAGUUCACUUAAUCUAGUCAAUGUACUAUCAUGUGAUAAGGAUUGUUUGAACGGAAAAAGGACAAAGGAUUAAGAAUAACUGAACAUCCAUUAAAUAUAGUGUGACAAACAUUAACAAUAUUUCUAUAUGAACAACUAUAUAUAUCAGAUAUAAUCGUAACAAUAAAAAGUAUAUUUAAGUUAUAAGUAGAUAGAUUGAGAUUGAUAAUAUGUCAUACAAUAUAUUCGGCCAAAGAUCAGCUCCUCUGAUAGACAUGAAAUGAUUUAGAUUCAAAAAGUAAAAUAAACUCAG